AUGUCGUCAACACCGACAUCCAGUUCGCAAGUGUCUUUAGUAACCCCGGCCGAAUCUAGCGAUGCAAGUAUACAGAUCGACAGCUCUUUGAAGAGGGACAUCCUCAAGAGCAUGGUCCAGGUUGCUGUGCGACAGACACGAUCAUACCAAGAGAGCUUGGCAGGAACAUAUCAAGCCAGCGCCUUUCUUGUUAACAAGGAGUAUGGUCUUUUUUUCACAGCUGCUCAUGCUGUAAACGGUCCCUGUGAGGGAUACAUCAUCUCCCAUAACGAUGAGCGGUGUGACUUCAACGUCAAAUACCGAGAUCCAGAGCAUGACUAUGCAAUCUUGCAGUGCCCUCCGGAGGCCCUCAAAGCACUUGAUUUGGAGUGUCUUACACUUAGCCCAGAGAAAGCCCUUGUUGGCUCUCACGUCUAUUUGAUUGGCAAUGAUAGUGGUGAAAAAUUGAAUAUAUUAAGGGGCACCAUAUCGCGAUUGGAUACACCUUCGCCGAGACAUUUUGAUAGCAACGUUGAACUGAUUCAAGCUUCUGCUGCGGGUAAAGGAGGAUGUUCCGGGGGUCCGUUGCUGACACUCAGUGGUGAGGCCAUCGGCAUUUGUGUCAGCGGUCACAACAAUUCUCAUCUGGAUUGGUUUUUCCCGCUAACACAUCCCGUCCAUGUCUUGAAUGAUAUCGUUAGCCAACGACCAGUCUCAAGAGGAACGAUUCAUACAGUUUGGAAACGUUUACCUUACUACGAGUGUCGACAGCUAGGUCUAUCCCGAGAGAAGCAGGCUGAGUUCGACACCGACAGGAAUGGAUUGCUGGUUGCUGCAAUUACCAUCCCAGAGACAGAAGCCUUUGAUUUCUUACAGGUGAAUGACAUACUUGUCUCGAUCAAUGGAAAACCUAUGGUGCUCUUCACAGAGCUAGAAGAGUUAUUGGAUGCCAAUGUCGGACAAAAGAUUCAAGUCAGCAUCAUCAGAUUCGGACAGGAGCUCACUUUCGAACUUACCGUGCACGACCUUUUGGCUAUUGUACCAACUCGGAUUUUAAAUGAUUCAGGGGCAGCAUUUCACGAUGUCCCGUACAGGACGGCAGUCUGCUGGAAGGUGCCGCUUAGAGGCAUGUUUUUGGCCUCUUUAAGUCCCAACUUUUCUCUUGGGGACGAAUCGAAUGGUUAUAUAAUCUCUUCUAUCAACAACCAACCAACUCCGAAUAUUAUUGAGGGAGAGAAAGUGCUGGGUAAACUCAAAGAUCGCGAAAGAGUGUUUGUAAGGUAUACUCAUGCCACUACCAACACUCGGCCACAAACAACACACAUCACUAUUGACCGCCACUGGAACCAACUGACUGUGACGAACUUUAACCUUGAUACCGAGAAAUGGGAGUAUUCCAGCGUUGACACUUCAGAGUCAAGUAUAGCUAGUGAACCUGUUCAGUCAAACACUACAGUGGUGGAUGUCAAUUCGGUCGAAACGUCGUGGCUGUUCCAGAUAAAGAGUCGAUUUGUACAGGUAACAUGGAUUGCGCCGUCUGUUAAUCUCGACGAAAUCUCGGAGACCAGAUUGGAGAGCUUUGGCUUCAUUCUGCACAGUGGGCUGGCGUUUGCUGCCAAAACUACAUGUCCACAUGACCUGUGUGAUAUCUAUAUUGAUAUUGAUGGCCGUGAGGUUUUGGGUGAAAUCGUGCAUAUGGACAACCGACAGAAUUGGGUUCUUAUACGAUACGACCCUGCCAAUACCAGCACUGAUACACUGAAUACGGUUCAGCUCGCAACCGAGAUCCCUCAGGAACUCGAUACAUUGACAUUUGUCGGAAUGGACGGUGCAGAUAUAUUCCAUACAACCAAGGCUACUGUCACAGGCUCAUUUAUUGCUGAUUUUCUGUCACCUAUACAGCAUGCGGAAGUAGUAGACGUCGUGCAGAUUGACGGUGGGUUGGCGCAUUACUGUCUCUUUGGUGUUGUCUUGAAUGAAUUGCAUCAAAUUGCUGGCUUUUGGCUCGUGAUGAAGAAUAGCGGUCGUUAUGUGCUUCCAGCGAUAGGCGUUGCGUCUGUUGUACCUGAAAUUCUCGCCGGGCGUCUUCCAAAGAGCCGGAAGAGAUUUAACUUCCGCUUGGAUAUCAUCCUACCGAAGAAUGCUCGUAUUAUCGGUGUAUCUGACGAGUAUAUCAAGGACGGUAUCCGUGCCAAUGGAGCACAGCAUCGAUUUUUCAGCGUUCGAAGGGCGACUCGAGAAGUGACAGAGUAUAUAAGGCACGGUGAUGUCUUGCUCAGCAUCAACGGGAAGAGAAUCCAAAAGUAUACAGACUUUGACGCUUUGGAGGACACUGAAAAGGAGACGGCAGAACUCCUUAUCGUGCGUGAUGGCAAGGAAACGGUCGUCGACUUUCCAUUGAAGUUGGCUACCGAUGGGUCAACGGAUCGAGUGACCUGCAUACUCGGAAUGGUAUUCCAGAGGCCUUAUACAGAUAUAAAAUAUAUCACCCAACACUUUCCAAGCGAGCUUAUCUUUACAUGCGCGGCUUAUGGCUCUCCUGGUCAACAAGCGUCAUUGCCAUAUAACAAUUUCGUCGUCGCUGUCAAUGGAAAACGUGUACAGGAUCGUGAUUCGUUCCUUGCAGCAGUCAAAAAAGUCCCUGAUGAAACGGAUUUUACGAUUCAAUCAGAAGACUGGAACGGGAAAGAGUAUAGUGAUAUUGUACGAAAGACAAGCCGUGCUUUUGGUUCAUCUGAGUUUGUGAAAGAUAAUGGGAAAUGGAAGAAAGUUCCAUUACGGUGGGAAGAUUUUACAGACUGA